AACACUAGUAAAUACACACAAGAGCCCGCCUGUGACGUUGGCCUUUUGGCUUGAAAUGGGUGUGUCUAUCAAAAAAGCCUGUUUGUUUGCUGCUGCAAUUUUCUGGCCCUUUUUCCCGCUGUUUUUCCCGUUUCGGUGCAUUCUCAAUCUACUUAUUUCUGGGCCCGUCGCUCAGAGCCCUGCCCCGAUCCCCAGGGCCACCCGGGCCUCUAGGGCCACCAGGCCCAGUGCCGCGCACAGCACCAAUUCGGGGCCAAAUACGCGUCUGGCCCCGCUAGUUCAACAUAGGCUCUUCUCUAUACUCGACGCCAUUCGCCGUGCAAAGCCCUCUUUUUCUUCGAAAAAACGGCCCCAGCACCACGUCCUCGCGGCCUGCUCCAAACAGCUCCACUCACAGCGCCCAAGCUCCAGGAAUGUCACGUGAGCUCGCCCUCCAGCACGAGUUGGAACAUUUGAGGGCCCUCAACUCCACCGUCGAUCUGCUUCUAGCUACCGUGAAGAAGGUCGGCACGGAUGUCACGGUAUCGAAAAAGGCCACCGACAAUACCUCAGGACUACUAGAAGACUGGACCAAGAUUUUGAACCAGACCAAGUUCGUGAAUGCCGCUCUUCGAAACCCACAAUGGAAGGGCAAAUCAGAGGGGGAGUCCGACGAGGAAAACGGCACUGCUUUGCAGGAGCAGGAGCUUCUCGAAACGGAGUUGGCUUCCCUCGAGGCAGAAAACGAGCGGUUGGCGAAAAACGUGCACUCAGCCUCGCCGCCAAAAAAGGUCCUAAAACGAGCUCGCCGGUAGGUCCGGCAGCAUUUUCGUCAGGAUGCCCUUGAUUGUAUAUUUAGUUCUCAAAUAAUGCCGGUUCAUUGAGUGUUGC